UAUUUGUACAGGCAGAUGAUUCGGGCGCUUGGCAACAGAGCAAAUGAUGCGUGGAGGAGGACGGCAUCUCUGUUGAGCGAGACCAUCUCUCAAUCCAUAUUACAUGGAAGCCUGUUUACCUGUGACGUACACAACAGCGAUCUGUUUUUGUGAUAAACGUCAACGAUGGGUUCAGCACCGAAAAUGACACCCACGGUUCUUCUCAGUGUCUUGAUAAGCGUGUUGGCCGUGGUUUCUGGUCGCAGUCCACGCACGGCAGAUCAGGUGUCCGAGGCUGAUCUCCAGCGCCUGCUCCACGGUGUGAUGGAGCAGCUGGGCAUCGCUCGGCCCAGGGUCGAGUAUCCUGCGCACCAGGCCACCAACAUAGUGGGUCCUCUUAGCAUCCAAGGUGGUGCCCACGAAGGGCUUCAACAUCUUGGACCAUAUGGGAACAUCCCUAACAUCGUUGCAGAAUUAACUGGAGACAAUGUUCCCAAAGAGUUCAGUGAGGACCAUGGCUAUCCCGACCCUCCCAAUCCUUGCCCCCUGGGAAAGACUGCUGUUGAUGGAUGCAUAGAGAACUCUCCAGACACUGCCGAGUUCAGUCGUGAGUUCCAGAAACAUCAGCACCUCUUUGAUCCAGAGCAUGACUACCCUGCCCUAGCGAAGUGGAACAAAGGGUUGUAUGAAAAACUGAAGGGUGGGUCAAAAAGAAGAAAAAGGAGCCCAAAUCCAUAUCUGAUGGGACAGCGGCUGGAUAACGUGGUGGCCAAGAAAUCAGUGCCACAUUUUCCAGAGGACGAUGAAGUUGAAACUGCUACCAGCAAUAUCAAAACCUGAACAUUGUGUUGUUCAGGAAUCUGUAUAAUAAAAAUCACUUAUCAGUAUCACAGUAAAGUUAAUAUUAGAUAAUGUGCAACAUUCAAAUGAAUCAUGUUAUUAAAAGAGCAGGAACGCGUGAUUGUAACACAAGUAAUUCUUCCCAUGGCACAGACUUUGUUGUUCAUUUUAAUCAAAUAAAAAUGUAUAUGUACACGUG